AUGCAGGUGCGUGCGUGUCUCAUGCCUGAGCCUCUCAAGGAGAUGCGCGUCAAAAAUCAGUACCGAACUUUCAAGGAGAUCCGCGCGGCUCAGGGUAUCAAGAUUGCAGCCAAGAAUCUCGAGAAUGCCGUGGCCGGUACUCAGUUGUACGUUGCGCGAAGCCCAGACGAAGUUCCCUACUACGAGCGAUUAGUCAGGAGGGAUCUGGAAGCA